AUGCGUACUACUUAUGGCAUUGCUGAACUGAGUACGCUAGCUGGUGAUUCAUUUCUCGGAAUUGACCUUGCUAUGAGUCAUUCGCUGGAAGGCAGAGUCGGGGAUACCGCGCCUGUCUGCCGGUUGCUUUCUAGACGCUCUCCGUUCACUGCGAACGCUUUUAUGGAUAAAACAAACUCUUUUUUUUUGAGAAUGAAUAGAGAGGAUAAUGUAAACUGGUUUCAUGGGAAAAUAUCUCGGGAAACUGCUGAGGAACUUUUAAAAGAAGAGGGUGAAGAUGGUGUUUUCUUAGUUCGUGAAAGCAAUACUUCUCCUGGGGACUAUGUAUUGUCUGUUUUACACCAGGGAGAAGUAGCACAUUAUCAAAUCCGUCGGCACAGAGAAGAUGCAUUCUUUUCAAUAGAAGAACACACAACGGUUCACGGUUUGGAUACACUGAUACAACACUAUCAGGGAGAUUCAAAUGGCCUGGUUACUCGGUUGGCAGUGGUUUGCAAGGGACAGCCUCCCCCACAUGAAUCUAGAACACAAGGAACCACAAAUUUGUUGCAUCGGGCAACAGAAGCCGGGGACUACAAUAUAGUGUCGCAAUUGUUGGCAUGUGGCUACCGUAGCCGUGAUGCGAAGAAUCAGGAUGGUCAAACAGCUGUUCAUAUAGCGGCGAGGGCGGGAAGAGAUAAUAUAUUGGAAAAACUCAUAGAGAGUGGCGCCACUGUCAACGUGAGGGACUCGUUUGGGUAUACACCGUUACAUUAUACCUGUCAAAACAACUUGCCCAGCACCACCGAACUUCUCAUAACUAAAGGGAAUGCCAACUAUCAAAUGAGACACGCUCCUACUGGGAAAAUGCCCCUUCACGAUGCCGCCCAACGUGGAUAUAUAGAUUGUAUCAAAGUGCUGUUGAAACUCAAAGCCCCAGCUCAUCCAAGAACCUUGUCCAAAGAGACUCCAGCACAACUCGCGAAGAAUAACGGACACACAGAAUGCUAUCAACUACUGAAAAACUACAAGCCCGAUCCACCGAAAACUUCAAAGAGCCAGUGGUAUCACGGUACAUUGAACCGCGAGGAAGCCAUGCAUCAGUUGCAGGAGUACUGCAAGCAGCAUUUAUCAGACAAAUGUUCUGAUGGCGUGUUCCUUGUUAGGUACAGCGAGAGACACACGGGCGCGUACGUACUCACCAUGCUGCAUGGAAACACACCGUAUAACUUCAUCAUCAGGAAGGAGAAGGACUGGUUGUUCAUCGACGAUGGUCCAUACUUGGAGUCUCUCGAGCGUCUCGUGGAGCACUACAGCAGUGUAUCAGACGGGCUCCCCUCACGGCUUACAGUACCCGUGCCGCCUAAACCGAAGCCCCCGCUACCGGAAUUCUCUACGAUGCCAAGAACAAAGAAGUCUCCAAAUCGUGCUCCCUUAAAUCAAUCUCUAUCAUUAAUGAAACAGGACACAUUGAAAGAUCAAUCAACAUCUCUUAACAACAACGCCUUUGAGCUGCUCACUAGAAACUUAUCCUUUUCAUCCGACUUCAAUAAGCAGAGUUUUAACAAUAAUGAUUCAGCCGAAAAUGAUACGUACAAAGUGCCCGCCAACAACAGCGCUGUGAUGACAUUGACAGAGAAUUAUAAUGAAAUUACUAUCAACUCUGAUGGUCAGCUCUCGACCCUGCAAGAGUUCAUUCCGUUCAGUGAGUUGACCCUGGGCAGUGUGUUAGGUGAGGGUGAGUUCGGGUCUGUGUUACGAGCGGUGUACGCUCCUCCAGACCAGCCCGUCGUCCACGUGGCCGUUAAGACGCUCCACGUACAGCAUACAGACACUAACAAACAAGAAUUCCUCGCUGAAGCCAAGCUGAUGAUGUCUUUGAGACAUAAGUGUAUCGUCAGACUCAUUGGAGUCUCACUGGGUCCCCCACUCGCGAUGGUCCAAGAGCUGGUUCCCCUGGGUUCCGUGCUGCAGCUGGUGUGUCGCCAGACAGUCGCACCUCAUGAGCUGCGACUGUGGGCGUGGCAAAUCGCGGCCGGGAUGAACUACCUCGAGAGUCGACGGUUUGUCCACAGGGACCUGGCCGCUAGGAACAUAUUACUUGCCACCAGGCAUCAAGCUAAAAUCAGUGACUUCGGUCUUUCCCGCGCUCUGUCAAGCGAUAGUUCGUAUUACAAGGCCAGUAGAGGCGGCAAGUGGCCCAUCAAGUGGUAUGCGCCAGAGUCAUACAAUUAUGGGACCUUCAGUCAUAAGAGUGAUGUUUGGAGCUACGGAGUCACAUUAUGGGAAAUGUUCUCUGGAGGCAAACAGCCAUAUGGAGAGAUGAGGGGGAUAGAGGCAAUACAAGUAGUUGAAAGCGGCCAGCGUCUAGACCGGCCUUUAGACUGUCCAGAUGAUAUAUAUCAAGUAAUGUUGGAUUGUUGGGCUUACAGUCCCGACUUAAGGCCGACAUUUGGCAAACUUGUCGAUGUGUUCUCCAAGCAUCCGGAAUAUGUGAAUCUCAGUGAACUAGCCGUGGAAAGUGAAGAGGUUAAUGUUUAA